CCCGGAAGGCGCCUCUGGCGGGGCCGCGCGGGCCGGGCCGGCGCAGCCAUGCAGCCGCUGGAGGCGGACCUGCUCCCGGCGCCGGCGAGGGAGCUGAGGCUGACCCGCUGGCUGCGGAGAGGCAGCGGGAUCCUGGCGCACCUGGUGGCUUUGGGCUUCACCAUCUUUCUGACUGUUCUGUCCCGGCCCGGAACCAGUCUUUUCUCUUGGCACCCUGUAUUCAUGGCCUUGGCGUUCUGCCUCUGCAUGGCUGAAUCCAUCCUACUCUUCUCUCCUGAGCACUCCUUGUUCCUCUUCUGUUCCCGAAAGGCCCGCAUCCGACUCCACUGGGCAGGGCAGACCCUGGCCAUCCUCUGUGCUGCUCUGGGCCUGGGCUUCAUCAUUUCCAGCAAGAUCCGAAGUGAGCUGCCCCACCUGGAAUCCUGGCACAGCUGGGUAGGAGUUCUGACGCUAUUGGUCACUGGUGGCCAGGCACUGUGUGGGCUUUGCCUCCUCUGUCCCAGAGCCGCCAGAGUCUCAAGGGUAGCUCGCCUGAAGCUCUACCAUCUGACAUGCGGACUGGUGAUCUACCUGAUGGCUACAGUGACGGUGCUCCUAGGCAUGUAUUCAGUGUGGUUUCAAGCCCAGAUCAAAGGUGCAGCCUGGUAUCUGUGCCUAGCACUGCCCCUGUAUCCAGCUCUGGUAAUUAUGCACCAGAUCUCCAGAUCCUAUCUGCCCAGGAAGAAAAUGGAAAUUUGAGUGCCUCCUAACACUGACUCUUGGUAAGAUGCUUACCUUGGACUUCAGGGGUUUCUUGGUAGCAUGGGACCCAUUUCAGAAGUGGCCAUGUUUUUUUGCACUUUCUGGGCCAAAGGCUACAGAAACCCAGGUUGUUCUUGUUGAAGGAUGACCCAGUCGACCAAAAUGGGGGAAUGUAUUGAGUACAGUGGAAUGUGAUGGAGGCCUUGAGCCCAAAGCUUCCACUAGUGAUGAAGACAGAGACCUGUUUGGGGGGGGGGAGAGGGUGGUGAUGGUGGUAGUUUUUUCUUUCUUGUGUUUCUUAUGUACAGUUGAGAUCCUCUAAGUUAUGAGUGGAAGCCGUGGAUAUUUGCCCCAUCCCCUAAACACUUUUUCUUUCUUUUUUUCUUUUUCUUUUUGCUGGUCCUGGGGCUUGAACUCAGGUCUUGGGCCCUAUCCCAGAGCUUUUAUGCACACGACUAGCACUGUACUACUUGAGCCACAGCUCCACUUCUGGCUUUUUUUGGUGGUUAAUUGGAAAUAAGAGUCACAUAGACUUUUUUGCCUGGCCUGACUUCAAACCACCAUCCUCAGAUCCCAGCCUCCUGGGAUUACAGGCUCAAUACUGGCAUCCAGCGGUAUAUGUUUUGGGGCUUGGUUUUGUUUUGUUUUUGAGACAAUGUCUCGCUGUAGCUGAAGUUGACCUGUAAACACUAUCUGGUCCUGUCUGGCCUCAAACUCAACCUCCUCCUGCUUGACCUCCCAAGUGCUAGGAUGAGAGACCCUGUACCACUAUACCAGCUUGAGAAAGCGGGGUGAUGCUUCUCUUUAGGCUCUGUUACAUAACUAACCUUAGGUACGUUCCCUAUCUCAGGACCUCAGUUUCCUCAUCUGUGAAUGUUUCUAAGUGAUCUCUUAAAUCCCUUCCAUCUCUAAUACUCAGUGUCCAUCAGUCCAUGUCACAAAAUACCCUCCUAACUGUGGACCACGUGGACCACUUAGCAGACUCAGGAUGUAAUUCUUUUUUUUUUUUUUUUUUUUUUGCCAGUCCUGGGGCUUGAACUCAGGGCCUGCACACUGUCCCUGGCUUCUUUUUGCUCAAGGCUUAGCACUCUACUACUUGAGCCACAGCGCCACCU